CGCGCCCGCCCAGUCGGUGCCGGACCGCAGUGCCGCGGGCGGAGCGCGGCGACCCCCGUCCCCCUCACGAAGAAGAAGAUGAACGGGACGCGGGGCUGGGGCACCCUGGUGGACGUGCGCCCGGAGGAGCAGACCGCGGGCAGCAUGGACAUUCUCAGGCUGACUCUCCAGAGUGAACUGACAGGAGAUGAACUUGAACACAUAGCCCAGAAGGCGGGCAGGAAGACCUAUGCCAUGGUGUCUGGCCACUCACCCAGUCAUUCUCUGGCCUCAGAACUGGUGGAGUCCAACGAUGGACAUGAGGAGAUCAUUAAGGUGUACUUGAAGGGGAGGUCUGGAGACAAGAUGGUCCAUGAGAAGAAUAUUAACCAGUUGAAGAGUGAGGUCCAGUACAUCCAGGAGGCCAGGAGCUGUCUGCAGAAGCUCCGGGAGGAUAUAAGCAGCAAGUUGGACCGAGAUCCAGGCGAGUCUCACCAUCAACAGGAGAUACAGGUGGUGCUAGAGAGACCAAACGGUUUUAGUCAAAGUCCCAAGACGCUGUAUAGCAGCCCACCUGAGGUGGACACCUAUAUGAAUGGAGAUGCCGAGAGCUUGAGGAAGACCGUGCGGGACUUGCUGGCCAAGAUGCAGGAGGCAGAGCAGCGGCACCAGGCAGACCGUGUGGCUUUUGAGAUCACCCUCAGCCGGUACCAGAGAGAAGCCGAGCAGAGCCACACGGCCCUUCGGAGAGCGGAGGACAGAGCAGAGCAGAAAGAGGUGGAAAUCCGAGAGCUGCAGAGGCGCCUGCUCGGGAUGGAGACGGAGCACCAGGCCUCGCUGGAGAGGGUCAGGGAAGGGGAGGCGGCCCUGGAGGAGCUUCGGAGCAAGAAUGCUGUCUGCCGAGCAGAACAGGAAAGGGCUGCUAACCUGGAAAAGGAGGUGGCCGGGUUGCGGGAGAAGAUCCACCACUUGGAUGACAUGCUCAAGAGCCAGCAGCGGAAAGUUCGGCAAAUGAUAGAGCAGCUCCAGAAUUCCAAAGCUGUGAUCCAGUCCAAGGACGCCAGCAUCCAGGAGCUCAAGGAGAAAAUGGCCUACCUGGAAGCAGAGAAUUUAGAGAUGCACGACCGGAUGGAACACCUGAUCGAGAAGCAGGUCAGCCACGCCAACUUCAGCACCCAGACCUGGGCCAAGACCGAGAACCUGGGCAGCGUCAGGAUAGCCAAGCCCCCCGGCCCCAAGCCCAUGCCUCUCAUCCGAGUGGUGGAAACAUGAGCUGCGGAGGAGGAGGAGGCUGCCGUUGCUGCCGCCUCUCGCCUGCGGAGACCCUGACUUUGACCUUCCUGACCGUUCCCUGGCUGCCCGCAGGGCUCGGGGCUGGGGCCCCCAUUUCUGAGCUCCUGGUGGAUAGAGGAUGAGCGACUCCUCUGGACACCGCAGCCCUGGGCGGACCGGAUCCUGCUGGCAGGAGCCAGGGCGGGACCCUAUCCCCGUAGUUACUGUUUCUCUCUAGGCGGAGCCUCCCUCCUGUUGUAGGCUGGGGUUCCGCUGCCCCGGGCCCUCAGCCAGUCGGGAGAGGUGAAGCGAUGACGAGAUCUGCCUUGGCUCUGGAAGAUGGACACGCAGAUGGUGGAGAGUGUCCCCAGGGAAACCAGAUUCCUCACAAAACACAGCGCAGGUCUUAGCAACACACUGUUUUUCUACCGGUUCCACCCUCUCCCCAUGCUGGCCCGGGUCUCCUUCCGCUCCGACUGGCCAGCCUGACUUUCUGGGGAGCAGGGGAUGUGCACUCGGGGUGUAGCUUUGAGCAGAAGGAUUGUGUAGGGCCACACAGACAGUGACGUGUGACUUCUCUGCCUUGAAGACUCCCAGAAUGUCUUAGGGAUUCCCCGAAGAUAUGCUACAGGGUCCAUCUCAGUCACCUGGACUGAGUCAGAGCUUAAAGUCUGUUUCCACUGGGUUAUAUCCAUCUCAGCGAGACUCUUGUAUUUAUUUUGCUAAGUUAUUGGUGUUUUUGCUUAUAUCUCACAACUGGUUCAGCGACUUGAGUUCUACAACCUUCUCUUGCGAUGCUUGGAUUGGCCUAACACUGGACUUCACUUCAGAAAGACAUUGCUAUAAAUCCUUCUCUUUCCUCUACCGGCUUUUUCCUCCUUCCCCCUCCACAUCUGAUCGGUACCUCAGGAAGGCGAGUAUGUUCGCCCUGGGACUCAGGUCUGGGUGUAUGUUUGUGGGGAGAGGGUAACCAGGACUCUUGGGGGAGGAAUUGAAUUCUUCCCGGAUCCCCUCUCUGCUUCAUGUGGGUCUGUUGUCCUCCUGGCUCGGAACGUCCCUGCCAUUCUAGUGUUUUGUUUAGGGCUCCUCCUAUGGCAUCAAGAGGGAGAAAAGCCUCCGUGGUACCACAGGGCACAGAAAAA